CCUCAUCGCCUGGCGGUGUGGGGUGACUUCUCCGGCGUCGCUGAGAUCCGAGCCUGAGGCCGGUUUGACAACUCUUGCCUCCGCGGUGUGUUUCGCCGGCCUCUGCACCCCUGCCGCUUGCGCCUGACUCAGAGUGUUCAGCCCCUGCAGCCGGCGAGCUGCUGCUCUGGGAAAGGGCACGCUGUGCUUUGAAUUGCUCCGGGAACACGCACGGUCGGCUCCUGUUCGGAAGGACAGGUUGCAUUCAUUUGCUGGGGAAGUUAGUAGCUCUGGAUUUCAGCGUCUUUCUAGGUGAAAAAACCCUGUCGGAGGCCUUAUUUCUGUGAAUCAAAGGAGAAGGGACAGUGGUGAGAAUGUCUGCCCUCAACUGGAAGGCCUUUGUGUAUGGGGGGUUGGCCUCCAUCACAGCUGAAUGCGGUACAUUUCCAAUUGAUUUAACCAAGACACGGCUCCAGAUUCAAGGCCAGACGAAUGACACGAACUUGAAAGAAAUUAGGUAUCGAGGAAUGUUGCAUGCAUUAGUGAGGAUAGGCAGAGAAGAAGGCCUGAAAGCAUUGUAUUCUGGGAUUGCCCCUGCGAUGUUACGCCAGGCUUCCUAUGGCACCAUCAAGAUAGGUACUUACCAGAGUUUGAAGCGAUUAUUUGUUGAACACUCAGAAGAUGAAACCCUUCUGAUUAAUGUGGUCUGUGGAAUUCUCUCUGGAGUCAUAUCUUCAGCCAUUGCCAAUCCAACUGAUGUCUUGAAAAUACGGAUGCAAGCACAAAGCAACACCAUUCAAGGAGGAAUGAUAGGCAACUUCAUCAACAUUUACCAGCAAGAGGGAACGAGAGGACUGUGGAAGGGUGUGUCCCUUACUGCUCAGAGGGCUGCUAUUGUUGUUGGCGUGGAGCUACCAGUCUAUGACCUGACCAAGAAGCAUCUGAUUCUCUCAGGCCUGAUGGGAGACACUGUGUAUACUCAUUUCCUCUCAAGCUUCACCUGUGGUCUGGCGGGAGCCCUGGCUUCCAACCCUGUAGAUGUUGUGAGAACACGGAUGAUGAAUCAGAGAGUCCUUCGUGAUGGCAGAUGCUCUGGGUACACAGGUACCCUGGAUUGCUUGUUACAGACAUGGAAGAAUGAAGGUUUUUUUGCUCUAUAUAAAGGGUUUUGGCCAAAUUGGUUGAGACUUGGACCUUGGAAUAUCAUUUUCUUUGUGACAUAUGAGCAGUUGAAGAAAUUGGAUUUAUGACAAGUCAAGGCUGCAUGAAAUAUCCUCUGAAAAUGCUAAUUCCUACAACAGUCAGGCUUCCUGUGUUUCACACUGCUUCUCACUGCUUGGCUCGCCACAGAUUUGAGGUGUGAGCAACAGAUGAAGACUGGAUUAGUUCAGAUUGCUGUGUGUUGGCAUCAGGCACUCUGCAUUGACUGUUUAAUGGCAUAAACACUAGUCUUUACCAUCAAAGUGCCCUUCAACAACAAAGAUAACAUGAAAUGCAUGUUUUUUGUUAAAGAAAACUUGCAAGAAGAUCAGGAACUGUAUAUUGUUUUCUUCAGGGGAGAGUAGCAUCUGAUCCAUCUCAGCUUAUAGCCGAGAGUACCGGACUCUAAAGAAAUUCACUGGAACAUGGAAUAGAGCCUCCAAGAGGGUAUUAUUGUUCUUGAUCUUGGGGGCUUUUGCUUAUUGUCCACUGAAGAAGUUUCACACUUGGAGACCCAGAACUUUUCAACCCUAGAAAUAGUGCAGGAAAUAGAUCUCGGGAGUAUUGCAUUGCUUUGUAACUUCCUAUGUUGGCAGGAUUUUUCACUUACAGUAAGUGAUUUUAAGCCUUUGGAGAUUUGACCUAUGUGAGGAAUUGUUACAAAGUAUUAAUAUCUAAACUCCUCAUGGUGUGAUAUGUGGGCCGUGAAGCUGGCAAGGUCUGUGUUGAUGGGAGGUGUUUCAGGUUGCUUGGGUUCUAUCUUAGCUCAUGCUAGUAAUUUGCUCUAUGAUUUUUAGCAAACUUUAUUUCCCAAUUUGGAAAUGGAGAUAAUAACAUCUAUGGAAGUUGAGGGUCAAAUGAAGAAAAAGUUAGUUGCUGCUACUUGUUUGGUAAGUGUGUUUACAUUACGCUGUCAUACAGCUGUAAUCCAAAAAGAGACGGUCUGUGUAUAUGGAAGAGCCAUUUUAUUAUGACUACUCAUCAGAAUUCAGAGUGAAGCCCUUUGUUAAAGGCCUGUGAGAGAAAGAGCACUGUGUAAGAUAAGAUUUUAUUAUGUUUUCCCUAGCAGAAUGUUCCAAGGGAAUCGAAGAGUUGAUUUUUUUCCAGAUUUUCCACUUUUUACUUUAGUUUGGGCCACUUUUGUUAAAAUAUUUCCUGUCUUCUACUUCCUAAAGAGUUUGGGUGGAAAAUACUCCCUUGAAAUUUUAGAAACUAUUCCUUUAGUACUGCAUUUAUCUUCCUUCUCUUCUCCUAAUGACAAGAUAAAUCAUUCUUCCUCUUCUUUCUUGUCUUCAUCUUACUCUUUUCAAAGCAUAAAGUGAGUGUGAUAGCAUCAAGAACUUUGUAUUCUAGAAGACAGCCUCAGGAAAUGGGCUUCAGGUCUACCCUUUGAGAACAAUAAAUACGUACUAUCUGGGGGCUCCAGAGUAGACACUUCUGCUAAACGCUCUGCAGUGUCUACCCUAUACCAGUUUGUCUAGCCCCUGGCCUGCCACCUCCCUUGAAGCACAAUAGAAGAAGCACAGGUUUUUCUUGUGGAUUGGGCAUUUUCCUCCCAGUCACUUUCAUCUUGCCUUCUUUGUUAAUGUUGACUUAAAAAUGAUUUUGUGGAGCAGAAUUUUAUUUCCAAAAGUAAGAGCUAAGGCAAAGUCAUUAAAAAGAGAAGGGAAGACAGGAGGGUGGUGGAGUGGUAAGUAGAUGUGAAUUGCUUAAAGACUAAGGUAAAAGUCCAGAUCUCCCUGGCACUCUCGAGAUGUGACUUUGGAGGGUUAAACUCAUUCAGGCCUCACUCCUGGUACUGAACCAUAUCUUUAUAAAGAGGAAAUUUUUUUCUUCUUACCAAAACAUUCCAUGAUGUGAUUAGGGCUUUCUCUAGGAAGGCUUUCACUUUUGAGUUCCUUGAGUUUAAAGAAUCCUUAUGAACGCUCUUUUUUUAAAAUGUAGAAAACACUUUAUUUUUAAGCAUAUAUAUCAUUUCUAAAAGUGUAUGUCAUGCAAUAUACAUUAUAUCAAUUUAUUAAAAUUAUCUACAUGUUCAUGCCAGAAUGAAAAUAAAUUCAAAUCUCACUCUUAAGUAUGUUUUUAAGACAAAAAUGCAGUAUUUCUUUAAACACUUUAUAAGACAGGAUCCUAAUCUAUUUUAUUUUUUCUGCUUUCUGAAAGAGCAAUUGUUGAAGCUUCUAACCAAGAAAGAAUGUAAGGACCUGGGAGACUUGGUCCCCUUGUGUUCAGGGAUGUGGCUGCAAGUCUCCCUGCACCCUUGGAUAUUGCUUAGGCAAAAGGAUUUUUAGCUUUUAUAACCAAAAUGAAAAAAAUGGAUUCUUUUGUUUGCUUGUGGAUUUGUGUUAAUCAUUAAUGCUAAAUGUUGCUGAUCUGUAAUAUAAAAAUGCCUCCUGUUCUCCAUAUUUAUUCUUGUGCUAAAAAUAGUAUAUAUCAUAUAAAGGCUAUAAAGUCUUUAUAAACCU